CAGAACAGCUUUUGUUUUUGGACGUCACUGUUCUUUGCAAGUUCAAAGAGGGUUUAACAAUCUUCUGCUAAACAAGGACACACUUCCCUGUCUGACUUGAUUCUGAGCAACUCCUCCUCUGUGAGAUUUUUGCAGAGACUCUGUCAGGGAUUUGUGCUCGCAGCGAAGGAUGAGCAGUUUUCUGUAUUUUGUGCUGCCGGCGUUGGGAGGAUACACUCUCGCCUCGGUGUACCUGCUGAAGAACCCACACAUUCUCCACAGGAAGAAACGCACCGCUUUCUACUCCACACGCAUUUCACACAGAGGAGGAUGCGGAGAGCGAAUAGAAAGCACCAUGGAGGCGUUCACAAAUGCGGUGGAGCAGGGAACCCAGAUGCUGGAGCUGGACUGUCACCUGACGAACGACGGACAUGUUGUCGUGUCGCAUGACGAGAACUUGCGAAGGCAGACCGGCCAGGAUGUCACCAUCUCCUCACUCAAUCUGAAGGAUUUGCCUUUGUAUAAGGAGCGACUGGAGGUGACAUUUUAUGCAGGCCGGUUCAGCAGCGGUGCAGACAGGAGGUUCGCUCUGCUGGAGGACGUGUUCAGGAAGUUCCCUGAGAUGCCUGUCAGCAUCGAGAUCAAAGAGAACAAUCACCAGCUGAUAGAAACGGUAUCCGACCUGGUUAAACGCUACAACAGGGAGGAGAUCACCGUGUGGGCCUCUGUGAAAUCCUCGGUCAUGGAGGAAUGCCGCAGAACAAAUGACUCCAUGCCAUACAGCUUCACCAUGAGCCGAGGCCUGGUGCUCCUGCUUCUCUAUUACAGUGGCCUGCUGCCAUUUGUGCCACUGGGAGAGAGUUUGCUGCAGUUCUACCUGCCGCGCAUCAUCAACAGGAUGUAUAUUCCUGAGAACGCGAUCCUGAGAAACAAAGCUGUUGUGUACUUGUUGGACAAAAUAACUAUGAGGAAGAGUCUUUUUAAACACCUCGCAGCCCGUGGAAUUCAGGUGCAUUUAUUUGUUUGCAACAUAGAUGAAGACAUAAAGGCGGCGUUGGACGUGGGAGCCACCGGGGUGAUGAGUGACUAUCCAUCUCUUUUGUCAAGCUACCUCAGCAGAAACAGAAGGCAGGAUUGAUCAUGAGACACGUGACAGCGACAAAUAAAAAACAAAGAAACAACUGCUAAAGAGACAGAAAUACAAGAAUCAUGAGAUCCAUUUCCUCCACCGUGACAAGACUAGUAUUGGCGGGGACAAAGGUAUAAGUUCAGCCCCUUUACUGUUGAUAGAAUUGCUUGUUUACGGUGCUGUUAGGGUAUUUCUACAGCCUCCACCCACAAUCUAUCAAACACGGGUCAGUAUUUAAAGAAACAGUCAGUGAUCUCUGUCAGCAGCGAGUCGUGAGAGUCAAUAUUUAACCAGUCUUAUCAUGUCCACCCAUGAUAAGAGAGCAAACGUGACUUUGUUUUGACUGUCUCUGGUGGUAUUUUCUUGGUUUGAGUAAGUGCUGAACUUAAGGAAUAAAUCAUAUGUGACAAACCA